UUACAAGCGCCGCCUCUAUCGGAGAGGAAGGCGAAGAGUGGGGAGUGGGAGACAACAAUGGCGAGCGGUGUGGAGGAGAGAGUGAGGGGCGAGGUGAGAGGGGAGGAGGAUGACCGGCCGCAGCUGAGCGCGGCGGCGGCGGAGGCGCUGCGGGAGUUUCUUCUGGAACAGGGGCGGGACGGUGGGGAGGAAGGGGAGGAAGGCGGCGGCGGGGUGGAGCUGGUGGCGGAGGACUGGCGGCUGAGCCAGUUCUGGUACGACGAGCGCACGGCGCGGGCGCUCGCCGAGGAGGUCGCCCGCCUCGUCUCCCUCUCCGGCCCGGCCUCCUCCGCAGCGGUGGCCUGCGUCGCGUGCCCGACGCUCUACACCUACCUCAAGACGAGCAGCCCUGAUGUGACCGCGCAGCUGCUGGAGUACGACGUGCGGUUCGGGCAGUACGGCGGCGACUUCACCUUCUACGACUACAACCAGCCGGAGGAGCUUCCGGCGGCGAUGAAGCACGCCUACCGGAUCGUCGUCGCCGACCCUCCCUACCUGAGUAAGGAGUGCUUGGAGAAGGUUGCCAAGACGGUAUCUUUCCUCGCACAUCCUGAAGGCUCAUUCCUGCUGUUACUGACAGGGGAAGUUCAGAGGGACAGGGCAUUUGAGCUCCUAAAUGUGCGUCCCUGUGGAUUCAAGCCUCAGCAUUCAAACAAGCUAGGAAAUGAAUUCCGCUUGUUCACAAAUUAUGAUCCCGAAGAUAGACUUGGCGGUUGGGAGCAAAAUGAUGGCGCUACCGUUUAGCUGUUUCAAAUGUUCAAGUCUUGAUGCCUAGGGAUGGAUUCAUGCUUUCACAGUUCCUGCAUUUUUGUUUGUAGGUCACUGAAGCAAUAGCAUCAGUAGGAAUCUCGGCAAUGUUUUACUGAAUCCCUGAAUCUGUCCGUUGUGAUGUGUUUGUUGGAUUAAACUUUACACAAUGUACCCCUUUUAGUUUCAUGAUUGUGCUUAAAGGAUUUGUGGUUUCUUGCAAUGUUCGGCCUUCGAAAGCAGUGAUUUGGGGCAUGUAAGCCGUGUUUAGGGUAACAACUUCAUCACAAGAACCGAAUAUUUUGAGGGCGUCUUUUCUGAAUGAGUGGUUUCACACUGAACAAGAAGGAAA